GCCCGCCGGGGCCCAUCCGACUCUCUGCAAAGUUCCUGAUCCGCAAAACGCUACUCGUCACCGAAUUCUAACCAUCAGAAAAGUGCUGUCAGCGUCUCCAGAGUCGGAUAACAACAAACUCCACGUCUCGGGUUUUGUUUUUGGAAGAAGAAGAAGAAGCAGAAGAAGAAGAAGAAGCAGAAGAAGAAGAGUCGCUUCAUGAUGCAGAGUUUUUGACCUCACUGCUCUGACUGAAGUUUAGGAUUUGACAAGAUGCGUUCCAGUGUGAACGGAGCAACGGGCCCGGUUGCCAGUGAAGGGACUCAUAGCAGUAACAACCACAACAACAGCAGCAGCAGAGAAAACACUGGGAAUUCUGGGUCCCAGUAUGCACUGUGCGCUUUGGGAGUUGGACUUAUUGCCCUCGGUGUGGUGAUGAUUGUGUGGAGCGUUGUACCUGCUGAUGCAGCUGGUAACAGCAGCAUACCAGGAGGAGGCAACGGUACCACAGACAGGAGGAAUAAAGCGUCGUCUGUGGCCUUCGUCUUGACGGGUUCUGGGGUGGUUAUGCUGCUGCUCUCCUUGUGUCUGGGAAUGAGGAACAAACAGCGGGAGCUGAGGUUCCAAGAGGCCCAGAACAGCCAAGCAGAGGCACAAAGGGUGCAGGAGGCCAGAGAAACUGCCGAGGAGCAAGCCCAGCGUUAUGCCGUACCCACUUACGAAGAGGCAGUUGGCAGCGGUCAGUAUCCUGUCCGUCAGAGCAACCUUCGCCCAAGCACCUCCCAGCUACCCUCCUACGAUGACCUGGACCAAGUCGAUGGCGUGCAGUACGAGAACGAGGGACCAGAGGUCACGACUGCUGGAUCACAGCCUGCCCCGGCCUCCGGCGCUCCCACCGCUCCUGCCCCUGCCCCUGCUGCUGCUGCUGCUUCUGCUUCUUCAUCGAGUCGUAGACCUGGGAAAAAUAGCCGCAAGCUCCUCCCCAUCAAGAUCCGCAGGAUUAAAUCAGAGAAGCUGCACAUGAAAAAUAUUGAUAACUCUCAGCCAGCAGCUGGAAUCAGUAUUGAACCGCUCACCCCACCACCGCAGUAUGAGGAUAAAGUGCCUCCAAUUUAAGACCAUACUGAUCAUGUUUAAAACAAUCAAGUGGAAUCCCUCACAAUCGCUUUUUGUGGAUUUGGAUCUGCCUUGUUAAGCCAAGACUUGAAUGUGGCUUCUUGUAGAACGGAUUCAGUGGCACUUUGUUCUGAAAUGCCUCCUUGUGCCACAUAACUCCAAAGCACUGAACAGAGGAAAUCUUUAUUUUGUUUUGGAUCUCACUGGACAUGGGAAAAAGAUACAGAUAAUCGCUGGAUCCUCACUGUGUGGCAGAAUGUGUCGAACUCGCUGGAUUGAGUGCACACCAAAUACAGUCUUUUUCUGCUAUAGUAACUUCCUGUUAAUACAUGACUUUAUGUAAGCGACCUCCGCUGUGCACUGACUGUACACGUGAGCUGAUGGAGGCAAAGAUCACGAGACAUCAGUGAGGGGUUAUAGUGAGAUUUUGUGUGCUUAUUUAAAUAGAUAAGAGCAGUGUUUAGCAGUGGAAGGCUUUGGAUCAGCACUGCCAACGGUUUCAUGUAGGCUCCGUAGUGAAUGACUGAGUAUUGUAUGUUCUGGGUGCCGUGACCUGAUGUGUGGUGUCACGCUGCACAGAAACUCUUCCUCAUUGGAAACGAUUUUGUCUCUCCUGGUCCUCUUGACCUUACCAGCGAAUGAGAGACAAAUUUGAUUUGCUUAAUUGCCGUGUGAGAGACUCAGCCCCACCCGUAAGGGCCAGUGUGUUGGAUAAAGGGGCAUCUGUCAGCAGAAGUGGAAUAUCGUCUUCAGAAUUAUGUCGUCCUUAGUGUUGAAUUAGCUGCAGCUACGAAUCACUGUGACUGAACUUUUUAUCUGAGUUCUCUUCCACAGAGUCCACCAUGUUUCUAGAACUGCCCCAGGAUGGAUAAAGCAAACACUGGCUUCAGAGAUGUGCUUUAGAGUUUUACGAUCAAGUGGCAGCCAGUGUAGUUCUCCGUCACGCUUGGACAGGGAGGGGAAUUCAGUCGGUUGUAAUCUGCAACCUCCCUGCUAGAUGCCACUAAGUACUACACACUGGUCCUUUAAUAAUAGCUUUUGUUUUUCUGGACUUUGAUUUUGAGGGUUUUAUUUAUCUCCCUGCCUUCAAAGCUGAAACAUCUGGUUUUCUUUACACGUGAGCUACCUACCUAACAGCACUAUUUUAAGAAUCGUCUGUCCGUAGCUAAUAUAAAACAAAGCUUUGUUAUCAUUCAUCCACCGCAGCUCCUGUGACUCACAGCCAUAGGCGGUGUACGUAACACGACUCUAACCUAAUGUGAAAUGUAGUUUUAAUAACAAAAUACCCCUUGUUGUAUCUUGGUAUAUUGUCAAGCCACUUGUGUUACCAUCAGGUACAGCUGUGCCCUAGUUUUAUGUCUCCCUUUAGAAGGACAAAAGAAAAUUCUACAGUUGUGAUCAAGCCGAGGCUAUUGGGCCUGAAAAAAGUUUCAGGACGGUUUAAAAAUGUUAAAGUUGUGGGUCUUUCUUUACUGUGUCAGAAAUGAUGCAAAAUGAGUAAAUCGCUGGCAGGGGCUCUUCUGGGCAUUUUGUUGCCCCAGAGGAGACGUCCCCUGCUGCCCAUUAGAGGACUGCUUUCUCAUUGGAACAUUGUAUGAUAAUUAUUAUCAUUUUAAAAGUAGUAUUUCAAACUUUAUUCAACCUUUGUGUUGUGUCACUUAGUUUAUUUUCAUCCCCCUGCCCCUUGAAUAUCUUAUCCUGGUUUUAACUAUAUUCAGGAUAGAUAGGAUGUUCUACAUCUUGAUAUUCUGAUCCAGAUUGUGAACAUAAAUAACCUGGUCGGUUGUGAGUCAUUGUUGAGUGAAUGAAUUAUGCAGUUGGAGAUUAUGUGAUGAUCAGCCCCUUCUAUACUCUGUAGUGUCCUCUCAGUAUCAGCUGUUUACUGCUGUGUGAGCAGUGUUUGUUCUUUUUUAAAACAAAGUAAGAGGUGCUUUGGAUUUGAGUGACAGACUUUUUAAAAAGUAGAUCAGACGCAAUCACAAAAUAUUUAUUCCUCUUGGUUGGUGGUGCUGGCGGUGCCCUGGGCUGCCAAACUAUCUCUGAUUGCUGCCUUUAGUGUUGACAUGAAAUAUUAUCUUAAAGGUGUCAUACUGCGCCCAUUUUCAGCCAAGUAAUAGAAGUGCCACAUACCCCCAGAA